GGACAAAAACCCCCUCCUAGUCAAACACUCGGAUUUGAUGAAGCCCACCAAACUACUAUUACUCACCACGAAAAAACUAAUUACUACUAUUUGCCAGAAGUCAAUAUCCCUCCUAUUAAAAUUUCCUCUAAAGAAAUCAAAAAG